GUGAGACCUCUCCUCUCUCCCCUCCUCUUCUGUGACGCUAUAGCAGCCGAGACAAGCCGCCGCCGGUUUGCUCGCUCACUCCGCUCGGCUGCGUCCUGCACACCGUCUGUAGCGGCAGACACAGCGACACGGAGGGAAUAGAGAAGGCGAGCGGAGGGCGGGUGUGCACCUGGACCGCGCAUACCGUGGAUUUAAGGGAAGGGAAGAAGGGGAAGUUGAAGCCGUCACUGCCGCGACAGGGAGCCGCUCCAGACUGCUGUCCAGUUCGCAAGGUCAAAAGUCUGUGAAGGAAGUGGUACCAGUGGACAGAGAUGAUGUCCAUGCAAAUGAGUGAGGCGGACAGUAUGGUGAAGGUGGCUGAGUGGCAGCAGACAUACUACGCCUCGGACUCUGGCAUCCAAUCAGGAGCCACCACAGUACAGGAUGAUGAGAGCAGCACAGAGUACAGUGGCAGUAAGAUGUAUGGCGUCAGUACAACAACCAGCACAACCACCGCUGCCUCUACUGGAGGAGGAGGGGACACAGCAGCUAGUGGACUAGAGAGCCCUUCAGAUCUAGAAGCUCAGUACUCGCUUACGCGGGCUCAGCGAGUCAGGGCCGCAAUGUUCCCAGAGACCCUGGUGGAGGGAGAGGCAGCCAUGCCACUCCAGUCAGAUCUGUCACAGCAGAGCAACGUGCAGCGACUGGCUGAGCCCUCUCAGCUGUUAAAGACAGCAAUUGUCCACCUGAUAAACUACCAAGAUGAUGCAGAGUUGGCAACAAGGGCAGUGCCAGAACUCACCAAGCUGCUGGCAGAUGAGGACCCGGUUGUGGUGAACAAGGCGGCCAUGAUAGUCAAUCAGUUGACCCGAAAGGAGGCAAGUCGACGAGUUCUAGUACAGUCUCCGACCAUGGUGGGUGCAGUGGUGCGUGCCAUGACAACAGCAGGUGACAUGGAGACAGCCCGUUGUGCAGCCAGCGUGCUCCACAGCUUGUCGCACCAGAGAGAGGGUCUGCUGGCCAUAUUUAAGUCUGGAGGGAUACCAGCACUGGUCCGCAUGCUGAGUUCCCAAGUGGAAUCAGUUUUGUUUUACGCCAUCACCACCCUCCACAACCUACUGCUCCACCAAGAGGGGGCCAAGAUGGCUCUGCGGCUGGCUGAUGGCCUGCAAAGAAUGGUUCCCUUACUAAAAAAGAGCAAUCCCAAGUUCCUGGCCAUCACCACUGACUGUCUGCAGCUCCUAUCCUAUGGCAACCAGGAGAGCAAGCUAAUCAUCCUUGCCAAUGGAGGCCCAGAGGGCCUGGUGUUCAUCAUGAGGAACUACAACUAUGAAAAGCUACUAUGGACCACUAGCCGUGUUCUCAAAGUACUGUCUGUGUGUCCCAGCAACAAGCCCGCCAUAGUGGAGGCUGGUGGAAUGCAAGCUUUGGGCCAACACCUUACAGGUUCAAGUCAGCGUCUGAUCCAGAACUGUCUAUGGACACUCCGCAACCUGUCAGAUGCUGCGACUAAACAGGAGGGGUUAGAUGGUCUGCUGCAGAUAUUAGUCACCCAGCUGGGAUCAGAUGACGUCAACAUGUUGACCUGUGCAACUGGCAUCCUGUCCAACCUCACCUGUAACAAUUCACGCAACAAGACUCUCGUGACUCAGUAUGGCGGUGUGGAAGCACUGAUCCAUGCUGUGCUCCGAGCAGGGGAGAAGGAGGACGUUGCUGAGCCGGCGGUCUGUGCCCUGCGUCACCUCACAUCCCGACACCAAGAUGCAGAGCUGGCCCAGAAUGCAGUGCGUCUGCACUAUGGUAUCCCUGCUGUCGUCAAGUUGCUGGGGCAGCCACACUACUGGCCUGUAGUAAAGGCCACAGUUGGUUUGAUCCGGAACCUGGCACUGUGCCCAGCCAAUCAAGCGCCAAUGAGGGAGGCAGGUGCUAUUCCUCGAUUGGUCAACCUGCUACUGAAGGCUCACCAGGACACGCAGAGACACGCCUCCUCGACACAGCAGACAUACCAGGAUGGUGUUCGCAUGGAAGAAAUAGUUGAGGGCUGCACAGGAGCCCUCCACAUCCUAGCAAGAGACCCAAUUAACAGAGGAGACAUCGCCAACAUGCAAACCAUACCACUGUUUGUACAGCUGCUGUACUCCUAUGUGGAGAACGUGAAACGAGUGUCUGCGGGCGUCCUGUGUGAGUUGGCUCUGGACAAACAGUCUGCAGAGCUCAUUGACGCAGAGGGAGCUUCAGCACCACUCAUGGAGCUGCUACACUCAAGCAACGAAGGAAUAGCCACCUAUGCUGCAGCAGUGCUGUUCCGAAUUUCAGAGGACAAGAGUUCAGACUACAGGAAGAGAGUGUCUGUGGAGCUAACACACUCGCUCUUUAAACAUGACCCUACCGCAUGGGAAAUGGCCCAUACUGCAGUUCCCUUGGAGCCUACUUACCUAACUGAUGAAUUAGAUGGCGCUUACCAUUCUUAUGGCUACACUGAUCUGCCUCUGGACACCCUGCCGCUAGACCCUGACCUCCAUGAGUCCUACAUGCAAGAUAUGACGUAUGACCCAAGACAGGUCUACCCUGAACCACUCUAACAGGAAAAUAAAGCUGCAGGAGAGAAAAGCUGAAAGAAAAGAUAUAAUGAACAAAUGGCAAGAACAAAGACUCAAGGAAUGGAUGGAUGAUCGAGAUUAGAGGUUUUAAUCACAAAGGGAAUUUAGCCCUUUCCAAUGAGUGAAAAAAAAAAAUCCCAUUUGGCAGUCAAGAACUAUCACAAAAGGUUGCUCAUUAUAAAAAAGGUGUAUUGUUGCUGUAAAUGAAAAAUGUCUCUUUGUUAUAAUAUUUUACUGAUAGGUGAAAGUGGGGUUGUAUGAAGUUUUGAGGCACUGUAACACGGGUAACGUUUUGAAGCAAUCAAAUAAGGCAAAGAGCACUUACACUGAGAUAAGUCAUGCAGGGCACACAGGGGGCUGGCAGUCACCCACAUGUAUUAGCUUUUCAUCUGAAAGGUUCAGAAAACAGUUAGCUGAAAUUUUAGUUCUGAUAUGUAGUGAUUGACCCCACAUAUGGAAACAGAUUUGUCAGUGAGAAGUUAAACACAACUCCUCACUAAAACACUCACUGUAAUAUCUAUCAGUAACUCUUUUGAGAGUUUUGCAAGAUGUCUGCCUUAUUAGCAUUAACUGCCAGGCGCCAUUGCUACCAAAUGCUACCCGUGUAUCAUAGCCUUAAUUUGCUGUCUUUUAGAUGUCUCCUCUGUGUAUUUGAACAGUGCACAUGUCCCAGAGUGUCCAUGUUUGGUCGUUGCAUGGUAGUAUAUUGUGUAAUCAUUGAAAUAUUCUUCACCUUACCUUACCUACUUAGUAAGAAAAAGUGACAUUUUGGAUUAUGUCAAACCAUUCUGAAAACCUUAGUGCAGAGCAGGACUGUAAUAUUCUGUUAGAAUGUCCACUGAAAAUGGACCUAAAAAUUAUUUGGGAUAUUAAGCAUCAGUCUGCAAAUCUCACUUCCCAGUUAGAACUACAUAUCACGAAUGUUAAUGGACCAUAGCUCUCCAACCAGCUUGUACACAACUUUGUGAGUGCCAUGGACAACACUGCAUAGUCCAUUUACAAAAGUAUUGCAUAAUGUUCAUAGACAUAACCACAAAUGACUUGUAUUAAAGCUUUAAUGAUUUUAGAAAUCUGUCAAUAACUAUGUCAAUUUUUCAGUGAUAUUUUGAGUUGUCAUAGUAGGAAAAGCAAAUGUGUAAACACGAAAUUACCACUGGCACUCUUGAAAAAAUGACAGCCAUUAUCAAUGUUAUCAGGAACAGCAGAUUGUUUCCAACUGUGACAAGUGAAAAAGCCCUUACAGCUGCUCACAGCAUUUGUUAAAGAUGUCGUCUCUGAUUAUUCUGCAGAUAUUUUGACCUAUCACAUGUUCAAAUGGUCUGCAUGUAAGUGCAACGGCAGCCUGACAUUGUGGCAAACAGUGCUCUGUGUACCAGGAGCUACUGUGCUUGACGUUAAAAACACUUUUGUUAUUGGUUCCAAUCAAUUAUGUGUGUAAAGAUGGAUGGCAUGACUGCUCCCAAACAUGAAGCCAGAAAAUCUUGAUGGCCCCCUGGUGUUUGGCUAGAGAAUAGGUCUUCAAUUUGGCCCCUCCCUGUUAACAGAUGGGACAUGAAAUACAUUUUUCCCGAAGCUGAUUUCUGUCAUUUAAGGCAGUUGUUAUCACACUGAUAUAUGUUCAAGGUCAUCUUCAACUGUUUUAGCAAUGGAGUGUAAGGUGAAACGACUCUGAGGAAAUCUCAAAACCCAGGUAUCUAAUAUUGUAUGUGCAAAGUGGAAGGGAUGAGUUCUGUCCAGCAGAAUCCCAGGCAUCUUCAGAAAGUGGGAGAUUACUGGAUUUGUUCCAGUUUAUUGUGUAAUAACAGAUUUUAGAUAAGGUGUUAAUGAACUUAAAGGAGGUUUUUGGUCAUGUUUUGGGGGUUUGGUUUGAAUUAGUUUUUUGAUAAUAUAAAAACAGAGACAUCAUGAUUGACAGCUGAAAUAGGUCAACUUGAUUGAUCUGAUCGACCUGAUUGAUUGAUGUGAUAGAUAGCGAUAGCUGGAUGUAUCUGUGGAUUCACCACCAAUCCACAUAAUCACUACUGCACAGACUCUGACAUCACCAAUUCAAGAUGGUUUUAGGCUUUCUGGUUUCAGGGUAAGAGGAAGUAGAGAUGCGUCGUCCAUCUGUAUGUACAGCCUGCGAUGUUAAGAAAGCACAAUUACAAUGACUUUUUAAUUGGUGUGGUAAUCUACCACUAUAAUUUUUACAUCAUUGAUAUAAAUGCAGUUCCCAUUACACUUACUUUGCCACAACUGAAUGAAAACAUUUGUUUAAAGGAACAUUAUUUAGCCAUUUGCCUUGGAUAACUAAAUCAAUUGUUUUUCCAUGCCACAUUAAACAUUUCAACCAUGAA